GCCGCGGCAGCAGCAGCAGCAGCAGCGGGCGGCGCCAUGGCGUGUGCGGGGCUGCUCACCGUGUGCCUGCUCCGGCCGCCCGCGCCCCGUGCGCCCCCCGCGCCCCUCGCGCCCACCGCACCCGCGGGCGCCGCCGGACACGCGCUCUUCCAGGACGUUUUCCGCAGAGCAGACAAGAACGAUGACGGGAAGCUCUCGUUUGAGGAAUUCCAGAAUUACUUUGCGGACGGGGUUCUCAGCCCCGGGGAGCUGCGGGAGCUGUUCAGUGGCAUUGAUGGGAAGCCCACCGACAAUUUGGAAACAGAGAAACUGUGUGACUACUUCUCAGAACACCUGGGGGUCUACCGGCCUGUGCUGGCCGCCCUGGAGUCACUGAAUGGCGCUGUGCUCACGGCCAUGGAUGCCACCAAGCUGGAGUAUGAACGAGCCUCCAAAGUUGACCAGUUUGUGACGCGAUUCCUUCUUCGGGAGACAGUGAGCCAGCUCCAGGCCCUGCAAAACUCGCUGGAGGGGGCAGCUGAGACCCUGGAGGCCCAGGCCCAGGCCCCCAGGUCUGAGGAAGAGACGGUGGCGUGGCAGAGCAGGCCCCGUGGCAGCCGGAGGGCAGGGCGUAGGGCCCUGCAGAGCGCCAGUUGGUCCCCUAGUGGGUCUGGCUCCUGUGACUCAGGGCAGAGCUUAGAAGCCGAGAUGCAGUGGCGGCUCCAGAUCAACCGCCUCCAGGAGCUCAUUGACCAGCUGGAGUGCAAGGCCCCCCGGCUGGAGCCCCUGCACGAGGAGGAGCACCCCAAGGGACCUGAUUCACACAUUCUUGUGGCCCAGAGGCAGGUGCAGGUGGCGGAGGCGGCCCUGCAGGACUUCCACCGUGCUCUGAGCUGCUACAUGGACUUCACGGGCGCCCAGAGUCGCUGCCUUCAUGUGUCAGCCCAGAGGAUGUCGGAGAAUGCCUCCUUCACCCUGUACGAGUUCUGGCAGGAUGAGGCCUCCUGGAGAAGGCACCAGCAGUCGGCCUGCAGCAAAGCCUUCCAGCGCAUCCUCAUCGAUCACCUGCGGGCCCCGGACACCCUCACCACUGUGUUCUUCCCAGCCUCCUGGUGGAUUAUGAAUAAUAACUGAGCCUGACCUGUCUAAGCCAAGGACCCUGGGCCCCACCUGCCUCCUCUGAAGCUUCUGGACUGGUCACCUUGGCACUGGCCACGGGCGAUGCUGCCUCUGAGCCCUG